AUGGCUAAAUUAGCUACUCAGUCUAAACAAACAAGCCAGAAUGGGUCAUCAUCACAAAAGAAACAAUCGUCGUUAAUGUCAUUCUUUGAACCAGUUUCAAAAGAUAAAUCACAACCAAAAUCAUCUCCUACACCCGUCAAAAAUAACCAUUCGUUAUUAGAUUCAUCACCGUUAAGGUCAAAAGAAUUUAGUGAUAAAGAAAACAUUUCAACUAGUUCAAUGACAUCACCUCAAGAACCAACAAUUAGGAAAGAAUUUGUAAAACCUGCUUGUAAAAAACAACCGUUGGGUGAUAAAUCAUUUGCUCUAAAUUCGAGCCCCGUGCAAACAGGACGUGAUAGAGGUAAACAACAAAUAAAUUAUACAGAAUCCGAUUCUGAAGAUGAAAUUAUUGGUGGUGCAAGAAAAAGAAGAAGAAUUGUAAAUGAUGAUGAUGAUGAUGAUGAUGAUGAUGAUGAUAGUGAAAAUGAACCAGAUUUUAAACCAGAACUGGAAGAUGAAGAUGAUGAAAUGAGUGAAAUUGAAGGAACAACAGUUGCGCUGGAUUUAGAAGAUGAAAUUGAAGUAAAACCAAAGAAGAAGUCAUCACCAAAACAAAAACCAACAGGAUCUGCUGCUUCAAGAUUUAAUGCAUCUUCAUCAUAUCAAGCAACUGAUUAUAAACCAAUUAAACAUAAACCACAAACAACAACCAAAAAAUCAUUUGCAAAAGAAAAUGAAGAAAGAUAUCAAUGGUUAGUUAAUAUAAGAGAUGCCGAAAAACGUUCCAUUGAUGAUCCAGAUUAUGAUCCAAGAACUUUAUACAUCCCACAAUCUGCAUGGUCUAAAUUUACAGCAUUUGAAAAACAAUAUUGGGAAAUUAAAUCGAAAAUGUGGAAUACUGUUGUAUUUUUUAAAAAGGGUAAAUUCUAUGAAUUAUAUGAAAAUGAUGCAAUGAUUGCUCAUACUCAAUUUGAUUUAAAAAUUGCCGGUGGUGGUAGAGCAAAUAUGAAAUUAGCAGGUAUUCCAGAGAUGUCAUUUGAAUAUUGGGCUAAGGAAUUCAUCAGUGCUGGUUAUAAAGUUGCAAAAGUUGAUCAAAAAGAAUCAAUGUUAAUGAAAGAAAUUAGAGGUGGUUCUGGAACAAAAGAAGAAAAGAUUAUUAAAAGAGAAUUAUCUGCAAUUUUAACCGGUGGUACAUUAACUGAUUUAGAAAUGAUUAGUGAUGAUAUGUCAACUUAUUGUUUAAGUAUUAAAGAAGAAGUACAAGAAGACUGUACUAAAAAAUUUGGUGUUGUUUUUGUUGAUACUGCAACUUCUGAAUUAAAUUUCAUUGAAAUUGAUGAUGAUGCUGAAUGUACAAAAUUGGAUACUUUAAUAACCCAAAUUAAACCAAAAGAAAUCAUUUGUGAAAAGGGUAAUCUUUGUCCAAUUGUCAUUAAAAUUUUGAAAUAUAGUACAAAUAAUCAAAUUUGGAAUAAUAUGAAUCCAAUUACUGAAUUUUGGGAUUAUGAUAUUACUAUUGAACAAUUGGUUAAAUCUAAAUAUUAUCAUGCAAAAGAUUUAGAUGAUUUUUCAAAUUAUCCUCCAGUGUUAUUACAAUUUAAAGAAAAUUAUAAAAUUGCAUUCAAUGCCUUUGGAGGGUUAUUAAAUUAUUUAAAAUUAUUAAAAUUAGAUUCAACUAUAAUGAGUCUUGCAAAUAUGAAACAAUACAAAAUUUCCAAAAAUGAAUCAUCACAUUUAAUUUUAGAUGGUACAACUUUAAAUAAUCUUGAAAUUUUGAAUAAUUCAUCUGAUAAUAGUGAUAAAGGUACUUUAUUCAGAUUGAUAAAUAGAGCUUCAACUCCAUUUGGUAAAAGACAUCUUAAAAAAUGGGUAUUACAUCCAUUAAUGAAAAUCAAUGAUAUAAAUGCAAGAUACGAUGCCAUUGAUUAUUUAAUGGAUGAUGGUUUAGAAAUUAGAUCGGUACUUCAAGAUACUUUAACCAAUUUACCUGAUUUAGAAAGAUUAUUAGCAAGAAUUCAUUCUGGUAAUUUAAAAUUUAGAGAUUUUUUAAGAGUUGUUGAAAGUUUUGAAUCGAUUGCUAGAUUUCUGAAACAAUUGAGUGAAUUUACCGAUACAAAUUGUGGUGUUUUACAUAAAUAUAUUCAAAGUUUCCCAAUUCAAAUGAAGGAUAAGAUUCAAGAAUGGGAAGAUUCAUUUGAUAGAGAACAAGCUAAAAAUGAUAUUAUUAUACCAGCAACUGGAGUUGAUGAAGAAUUUGAUAAUUCACAGGCUAUAAUCAAAGAAUUGGAAACUGAAUUAGAAGCACAAUUAAAAGAAUAUAAAAAAGAAUACAAAUCUCAUGAAAUUUGUUAUAGAGAUUCAGGUAAAGAAAUUUAUUUAAUUGAAAUUCCAAUAAAAUUAGUUAAACAUAUUCCAAGAGAUUGGCAACAAAUGGCAGCAACUUCAAAAGUUAAAAGAUUUUGGUCACCUGAAGUUAAAGUAUUAGCUAGAAAAUUAAUGGAACAAAAAGAAUUACAUAAAGAAGUUUGUGAUAAUUUAAAAACAAGAAUGUAUCAAAAAUUUGAUCAAAAUUAUGAAAUAUGGAUGAAAGUUAUAAAUUCAAUUGCAAAUAUUGAUUGUAUAUUGGCGUUAACUAAAGUUUCAGAAACUAUUGGAUAUCCAUCAUGUAGACCAAAAUUUAUUGAAUCAGAUAACGGUUAUAUAAAUUUUAAACAAUUAAGACAUCCUUGUUUUAUAAGUACAAAAGAUUUUAUACCUAAUGAUAUUAAAUUAGGUGGUGACAAAGAGCCAAAUUUUGGUUUAUUAACUGGUGCAAAUGCUGCUGGUAAAUCUACUUUAAUGAGAACUACUGGUUUAGCUAUCAUUUUAAGUCAAAUUGGUUGCCACAUUCCAGCAGAAUCGGCUGAAUUAACUCCAGUAGAUAGAAUAAUGACAAGAUUAGGUGCUAAUGACAAUAUAAUGCAAGGUAAAUCUACAUUUUUUGUCGAAUUAUCAGAAACUAAAAAAAUUUUAAGUAAUGCAACACCAAAAUCGUUAGUUAUCUUAGAUGAAUUAGGGAGAGGUGGCUCAAGUAGUGAUGGUUUUGCAAUUGCUGAAUCUGUAUUAUAUCAUAUUUCAACUCAUAUUCAAUCUAUUGGAUUUUUUGCAACUCAUUAUGGCACAUUAGGUCAAUCAUUUAAAUUGCAUCCACAAAUUAAACCAAUUAGAAUGGGUAUAGUUGUAGAUAAUGAUUCAAGAAAUAUAACUUUCCUUUAUAAAUUAGAAGAAGGUACUGCUCCUGGAUCUUUUGGUAUGAAUGUUGCAUCAAUGUGUGGUAUUUCAAAUGAAAUUGUUGCAAAUGCAGAAAUUGCAGCAAAGAAUCAUGAACAAACAUCAAAAUUAAAAAAAUUAGAUGAAGAAGAUCAUAUUGAUAUUAGUUUAGGUUUACAAAGUGAUUUCAACUGGUUUGCAAAUGAUAAAAUUAAACUACUUGCUAAAGAUAUCGUAAAUUAUGAAGAAAAUGUUCAACAAUGUGCAUUAGAAAAUAUAUUUAAAAUGAUUGAUAAAUUAUAG